AUGGAAACCAAGCCUAAAAUAAAAGGAGGCGGAGGCGCUUUAGAAAGGAAAGACUUAACUGUGCAGCGUGAUCCUUCAGUUAACCAAGCAGUCACUCAAGAAGUCCAAAGCGACAAUAGAUACCUUAGAUACUAUAAUUGGCUUAUUUCAAAUGGCUGUAUUUUCCCAAGUGUAAAUUUUAAUUAGCUUGAAUUCCCAGUCGCUUUCACCGACGCAGGCAUUGUAGGUGCUCUUGCAAAAAUUGAUAUAACUCCUUGCAAGGUACAUCUAAUUUAGGCGUUCCUAUUUAUCCCAUAUAGCAUCACUAUCAAUUUAUUCAAAGCGAGGAAAAGCGAAAUCGCGCAUAUUUUCCAAGAGCACAAUUACUGGUUUCAAACCCAUCCUAGAGGGGACGAUCACAUUAUGUGGACUUAUAUCAUAUAUGAAAAAUUAAAAGGCGCUGAAAGCUUCUGGUUUCCUUAUUUUGAGACUAUUAAAAGCAUGGAAUCAGUGAUUGACUGAGAUGAAACAGAAAUUCUUGAACUGCAAGACCCUGUGCUAGUGUAUGAAUGCAAACAAUGAAGCAAAAGAAUAGAGAAUACCUGGAAAUCAAUGGAAGAAAUACUAUUAGAGCACCCAAAUUAUUUCCCUCCUGAUAAAGACUUAAAAGGGCUCUUUAAUUGGGCUUGGAGAUUGACCUGCACAAGAGCAUUUGCAUGGGAAGGAGGAAUGGUGAUUCCUUUAGCUGACAAUUUGAACCACUCAGACUGUUAUAUUACAUAUGAGUCCGAGUACAGAGAAAUCCUUGAACAAACUCAUUUAACUAUAGAAGGGAAUAAAGACUACAGAGACUUUUCAAACACUGCUUAUAAAGGUAGAGAAGAUACAAUCUUACGAAGCAAUACAAACAGGCUUGAAAAAUACCUAGAAAAUAAUAAAAAUAAAGACGUAUUAAAAGAACUAGACGCGAUUUGGCAAGUUGAAGAAAUAAUCGCUGAUUAUAGGAGCAGCUCUGAUGAAGAAGAUGCCAGAAAUAUAGGAGAAGUAUUCAGUGACGAAGAAAAAGAAGAAGCUGACGAAGGCUAUGAAAGUGAUGACGACACUGAAGAAUUCAAAGAUAAUACAAACUCAAGAGAUGAGCCUGAUUCUUAUUUCAUUAUGAGCACUGGUGUAAGGACUUUUUUUAAACAAGGCUCACAAGUAUAUAACUCUUAUGGAAGACUGAAUAAUAGAGACCUUUUGCUUGAUUAUGGCUUUGUUAUUGAGAAAAACAGAUAUGAUGCAGUUUAUUUCAGAGUAAAUUCAAUAUAGAUGUGGAUCCCUAGCAGUGGAAAAACAGGAUAUGUGACUGCCGAAGACAUAAUAAAUGAAGCUUAUAAGUUUGAUUUAUCCUGCGCCAAUUUAGACGACGUCACUGAGCUGCAUGAAAUCAAGCUUAAAAGGUUCAGCACAGAUAUUUUCACAUAUUUCAGGAAAAUCGCUGACUAUACGUGUCCAGCGCUUCAAAAUGUAGACCCACCAAGCUUGAAAGCUUCACCUACUAAUAUCAAGCUUGAGCUGUGGAUUUGUGACCAAGUUUACGAGCUUUAUACGCGGCUUGAAAGCACUUUUUCGACUCCUCUCGAGCAUGAUGUUUCAUUACUGAACAGUAAUUUACCUUCUAGGCUUAGGAUGGCGGUAAUUGAUAUAUAGAUCAUUUAUAGGAUUGCUCAAAAGCGAAUACUUAUCAAUCAAAAACAUAUGCUGAACAAGCUCAAAAGUAUAUUGGAGGCUACCUUAAAUGGAGAUGCAUUAGAGAAUCAUUUGAAAGAAAAAACCAUUAAGGAGCUGCGAGAAGUGUAUCCUUUGAACGGCUAUUUGAAGUCGCUGAAAGCUAAUCGAUAUUAUUCUCGUUAA